UUGGUGAGGUUUUGGAAUUGGGGCAAAGUUUCAAUUUUUUCCCUCAAUUGUCACUCAUUGCCACACUAUAUCUGAAAUUAAGUUAGUAGGCAUGUUGAUUUGCAUGCAACCAGCUGUGUAUAUGAAAAGGAAUAAUUUUUGGGAGUGAUUUGUUGGAAAUUGUUUGCCGGAAACAUCUUGUGUCCACUAGUUUGUCUCUAGCUGCUUAACGUAUGAUGGAAGGAGAUAUUAAUACUUGCGAUGGAGACAACAUGCACAGCAAGAAAGAAAGUGCUCUGGUGAAGAUAAAAGUAUUGUUUUUCGCUAGAGCCCGUGAUCUUACUGGCUUGAGUGAGGUGCCCCUGGAGGUCACAUCUGGAAGUACCACUCGUGAUUGUUUGAAAAAGCUUCUUGCCCAGUUUCCGAGUUUGGAAGAAAUACAAGGGUGCAUGGUUUUGGCUCUGAAUGAGGAGUAUACAACUGAGUCAACAAUUGUUAAGGACACAGAUGAGUUGGCCAUAAUACCUCCAAUAAGUGGUGGUUGAACUACUUAAGUUUAUUACUAUAGGGUACUUAAUUAUAAUGUUGUGCCCUGAUAAUUAUUUAGCUGAGCAAAAUCUGAAUUUGAAGAAAUCCUGUAAAGUUAUGUAUCAUUUCCAGUAAUUAAAUGGUGGAGGUGAAGUUCUCAAGAGGUUAAGCUUUCUUGCCAGAAUAUGCAUGUUGAGAUUUUUUCCUGUAUCUUUAAAGCAGUUCAAUGCUUGAGGUUAAUUGAAAGGAAUUGUAUGAGUUCAAGUUUUUGAGAA